AUGAAUGCAGAGGAAAACCACAAGAAGCUUGAAGAGAGCAUAUGCUGGGCAAACUCGCCUCCUGCGCCUGUCCCAGGGAUGUGUUACAUUGAGCCGCAGAUAAAAAGAGACUUCACCUCGUUUGACGGGUCUCUCGAGAAGGUAGUGCCAAGGCAACUGUACACAGACCUCCUUGAUGCAAUGGACAUAGACUUCAUGGGGAUGGUCAUAGACCAUAUUGAAGGGACCACCAGGAGCAUCGGUCAUACAAAUAAGGCCCUUAGGGACCUGGAAAAAAGAACUGAGGCUCUGGAGAGAGAGAGGAUAAAGGAAAGCGUGAGCAGGAUCUUCGACUAUCAAAAGUAUAUCCAGGAGUCCUUUGAAGAUGUGGAGGAUACAAUAGUUCACCCCAUGGACAGCAACAUCAAGGUAGAAGAAGCCUACAGUCUCUUCCCAGGACACGGCGAGGAGCAUGUUAUCAUUCAGUCAGACAACAUAGACUUCCAGAAAUCUUCCUUUAGCAUUUUGGAGGAAGAAUCCUCACAAUUGUUUAGAAAGGCUUGCAUGUCGGAUGGAAGGGCCUUCGCGUGCCUGCCACAAAGGGUGGACGACUUUCUGGUGCUCUAUAUAAAAAACGGGAACGCGUACUACGGCGAGGUCUCUGCACUUUAUAAGCUCCAGGAGCCUAGAAAGCAAAAAAAGCAGGAAGGAAGGAAGAAGGAAGGGUAG